AUGGAGCUAUCAUCGGUAGUUCGUACCAUUUUGGUAGGUUUGUGUGUGAUUGCAGUGGUUGCUGGCAGUCCGGUGCCGGAUGGGCCAGAUCGGCGCAUCAACAACGGAAUAGAGGCAGGCCCUACCGAUGUACCGUGGGCGGCCGGUGUGCUCGUGACGUUUCCCUCCAAUACGUACUUCUGCGGUGGGACCCUGAUCUCGCAGCGCCACAUACUUACCUCGGCCAACUGUGUCAAUGGCUACCGCACCAUCACGGUAAUGCUUGGUGCACACGAUAUGACCGCGGUGCAGGAAUUUAUCACCGUCGCCUCCGUACUGGUGCACCCGGACUUUAGCUCGUUUUUCUUCUCGAACGAUCUGGCCAUUCUGACGCUGUCCCGUCCGGCGCCGCUGAGUGACCGGAUACGCGUUGUGCAACUGCCUAGCCGUCUGUACAUUGGCCAUUCGUUUAAUAACUACGAAACGACGAUAGCCGGCUGGGGCCAAACCGGUCAAAGCACGGGCGAGGUGGUCCCGGUUCGUCGUCUGCUGUACUUCCGUGCGCGCGUCAUCACCAACACUAGCUGUCUGAUUAGCUUCCCGCUGUAUCUAAGCUCGCGCAAUGUGUGCACCUCGACCGAGAACGGUGCAGCUUGCGUGGGGGAUGAGGGUGGUCCAGUGACGGUGACGGAAAACGGACAAACGAUACUGAUCGCGGUCCAUUCGUAUGGCUUUUCGAUGGGCUGCGAACGCAGCUGGCCGUCGGUCCAUACGCGCGUCACCGAGUACCUCACGUGGAUUGAGAACAACUCGGACGCUGUGGUGAUGUGA